AGCCACUCACCCACCUCAUCUCAUUUCACAAUUAAGCGAUUUUCCAACUUGGACUGAAAUGGUUUCCUACACCGCAGCAUUCGCAUCGCUCCUCAGCCUCCUUGCCACGACAGCUCUUUCAAAAAACGUUAUUGAUGCCUACCCAGACCACAGAUGCUCCAGCUCAGACCAGCAUCUAUCCUACAUCACCUUAGAGGACAAGCAUGUAUCGAAAGUCGACGGAAUUCAGUCCUAUAACUUUACUGAAUGUCGCACUACUCAAUGGAGGUCGAAUAUUACUGAGGUAGUCGUGGGGGUCGGUGGUAUGGUAAUUAGAGAGAUUGAUCCAGGAUGUUGGUACACGAUUUACCAGGAUGAUAAAUGCGCUGUGGAUCUGGGCCUCGACACAAAACAGGGCGAGCACGCCAUUGGCAGGUGUUGGUGGUUCUUCAAACCACGAGCGCUAAUCGGAUCGUUCAAGUUGACCUGCAAUAAUGCAACAGGGUACAUCACUCAAACGGCAGCGGGCUGGCGCACACACCCUAAUCAUAAACCUCCCUACGACAAAACCAAAUCCCACAACGGGUGGCCCAAACCGCCUACCCGUUUUCCGCGCCAUAUCCGAUUCCUGCAGCCCACCUGA